GACCUGAAAUUGUUUCAACGUGGAACCGGCCAGAGUUUGAUGGAUAGAGUUACACAAGCCAAAUAUAGUCUUGCCGGUUCCGGUUUGGGAAAAGUAGUCGCAAAAGCAACUACGGAGGAAAUCGGUGCACCGAAGAAAAAACACAUUGACUACCUUAUCAAUUGUAGUAAUGAGCCGAACGUUUCGAUUCCACUCUUGGCCGGUCUUCUAGUGGAGAGGACCCAAGAGAAAUCGUGGGUGAUCGUUUUUAAGGCACUUAUCACAACGCAUAACCUAAUGAACUUUGGAAAUGAAAAAUUCUCACAUUAUCUUGCUUCUAAUAACUGCCCACUCCAUUUGCCAAAUUUCAAUGACAAAACGAGUGCCCAGUCAUAUGAAAUGUCUUUGUUCAUUCGCCGGUAUUCUCAAUACAUAAGCGAAAAAACGGCUUCCUACAGGGCAAUGGCUUUUGACUUUUGUAAAGUCAAACGCGGUGGUCUGGAAAGGUCUUAUAAGACCUAUAGGUUAAAGGUUUCAGCCAAUAAAAGAUCCUCUUCAUUCAUCCUUCUCUUUAAGAAACAGUCAAUUUGCUGA